AUGGCUUCCACAGCUAACACCAAGACCAAUGGCUCCUCCACAGCACCGCUCUCCGCCAGCGCGGCCGCCGAGGCCGCCAACACCCGGUUCCGGCACCGCAAGAUCUCCGUCAAGCAGCGACUCCAGGUCUACAACGCUUCGGAUCUGCGAAAGCUCGACAAAAACGAGCUGCAACAGCGGGAACUGGUGGAGAUCGAGACCGGUGUCGACAAAAACGAGGAGAAAGAGGAGCAUUUGCACCAGAUCCUGCAGAAAAAUCAGCUUGCACGCCGCGAGCUCUACAUCCCCACGCCCGACGCUUCGCGUACGUGGCCGGAGUAUUCCAAUUUUUACCAGGGAAAGUUCGAAGAGCCGCAAAGCUAUAUCAGGUUCUCUGCGACCGUGGAGGACUGUUGCGGCUACAGCUACAACAUGGACGAGCGGGACGAGCAGUUUUUAAAAUCCACUUUCCCUGUUGCCAAAAACUCUGGAAGUGACGCAACAAAAUCAGCCCCUUCGGAAAACGAAUUCGAGUUGUUGUGCAGCAGCUUUGAAACUGUCAUUCGAAAGCGCCAACCGUUUCUCAGCAUCGAUCCAGAGAACAUUUUAUCAUUACAGGAAAUUAAACCUACCAUUCUGCAACGUGACCUGGGCGAUGCCGGAAUCAAGAAUCAUCUGGCACAGGAAAUAGGACUUCAACCGCCCCAGACUUCCAUCACCCAGUUUGACACUGUCAGUAGUCAGGAAACUCGUCCCUUUUCUAUCCUAAUUGAGAAAUUCGGCAUUCAAGUUUACGAACACUGGAAAACCCGGAAAAUUGAAGCCCAUGGGGAUGAAAUUAGCCCUCAGCUUAAGUUCGAGAAACAUGGCGGUGAACGAGACGAAAACGACCCCUACGUCUGCUUUCGCAGACGAGAAGUUCGACAAACACGCAAAACUCGCAGGAUCGAUUACCAGAAUAGCCACAAAUUAAGGCUUUUGCAUCGACAAUUGCAAUAUACUAAAGAACUCGCACUGCUGGUUGCCAAACGAGAAAAGACAACUCUGGAUAUUUUGGACCAAGAUCUAAGAGUAUUCGAGCUGAGACGAGACAUAAAACCAAUCAAACGUGCACUGAGCAUCAAGGGUGACGAUGAAAACCUACUGUUGGACAGCAAGAAACGCAAACUCGUCAGCAACGUGGUUUUGAAUACACCGGUGGAAAGUACAUCGAAAAAAGCUAGAGCUAAGCUCAAGAGAGUCCAAGUCGAUGCCACAAGUUCAAAGCAAACCGCCACGAAAAGCAGCAAACAGAGUCAAUCCCAGGCACAACUUACGCAGCAACAGUUGGCACAGCAGCAAUUGCAACAGAAGCAGCUACUACAAGUUCAACAACAACAACAGCAACAGCAACAGCAGCAGCAACAAGCACAACUCGCCCAGCAACAAAAACAACAGGCCAACUCUGUUGCCGCACAUGUCUAUGUUAAAUUGCCCAGCUCCAAAAUUCCGGAUAUUUUGCUAGAAGACGUGGACAAGCUUCUGGUAUCUAAGGAAAAAAGUGCACGGAACUAUGUGGAAGAGAGAAUGCGCAAUCGCAGGCUCGAAGACGGCGACUUGUUUUUUAACCUGACUGACGACCCUUAUAAUCCAGUAUUUGACAUUUCGGUCCCAGCUAACGUUUCUGCUAGCAACGCCCCAUUCUCUUCGAUCGCGUCCUCCAAGUUUGAGGCACGGAGAUCCUACUACGUACCGCGACUAGAGGAUCACCUCAACGGCAGGUCCAAAGAUGUAUCCGUCAUUGGAAAAGAUGGCGAUCUCAUAAACAAUACCAAGUAUUCCAAAGUCGAACGCUACAACCCCUUCCAGGACAAUAGCGAGGUCUGCACUCGGGAACUACCCUGCAAGUUCAGGAGACGUGUGGGUCGUUUUGGAGCUCAAUACAUCGAUAUGCUCAAGCCACGCGAGAGUUUCACGCCUAUGAGUGAGUUUAUGAAUCUUUCUGAAUGUGAUCAGCAAGAGCGCGAUAACGACGUGGUCGACGUUUACGACUCCAAACUUGACGAGCUAACGCGACUGCAUGACCGCUGGAAACAUGACUCGGACUACGACGACUAUGGUGCUUAUUUUUCGCACGAACCGGCACGGCUCAACCAGAUUUCCAACGACACGCAAACGAUUCGUUUCGGGACCAUGCUAGGGAGCAAGUCCUACGAGCAGCUGCGUGAUGCCACUUUCAAGUACCGCCAGGAAAUUUUCAGUCAACGUAAGGUUCACAAAAGCUCUGCAUCCCCACCUAAGCAUCAUCCCAAGAUAAACGGCUCUACGCCGGGCUCAUCUUCAUCCAAUGGCAUACCUUCCACGCCUGCGAGGGUCCCCUCGUCGUCUUCGCUCAAGAAGAAUGCAAAUGCGAAUGCAAAACAACAUCAGCAUAUCACAUCUGUGAAUUAG